GCUUUUUUUCCUCCUCUUCUUUUCGCAUAAACGCACGCUGUCCUCUUUUCAACGGACCAGUUGAUUUCCAUUGAAAGCGAAGCGCGGUUUGUCAAAAACGCAAGCCCCGUCGGACACGUUGACCGGAGCGGAGCGGCAGCAGCGGCAGAAGCGGCGGCAGUGAAGACGAAGGAGGAGGAGAAGAAGAAGCGACGGCAGCAGCAGCCUCUUCAUAGGAUAAUAUUCUUCCUUUUUAUCCUUUUCUUUUCGCUGGAUAACUUGGCUCCGUGUGCCGGUUCGUCGGGAAUCUGCUGUUCUAACUCAUGAAGCGGUACAGAGACGUUACAUAAGGCGAAUAACGGACAGAGAUGAGCCGUUACAGCGGAGCGGCUCAGUGAUCGCAUGUGCUGGCGGGGCUCGCUGCCUGAAAGGCGACACGAACCUCAGACUGAAUUCGCUCAUGUGCGUGAGCUCCAUCACGUUUUUUGGGGUUAAUUUAUUCAAUUAGCUAGCUUAGCUCGGAAGCGGCAGCCAAUGCUGGUCCAUUCACUAUUGUGUGCGUUUGAUUUAACUUAGCUAGGCGGCUAACCAGGACGCGCCGCCGCCGCUGAUGAGCCCGUGUGCGUAGCGGAAUGAUGAGCAGAAGAAACCCUCCAGCAGACAGUUAGGUCCUAAUGGCUCACAUUAAUUGUCAAAACCAUCUUUGUUAAUUGGUUUCGGUGAUUAUUGAAUAUAGCCUCACAGCCGGUGUGUCUUGUUCAGACCUGGUGGGCCCUGCUAUCAUUCAUAAAACUGUCCUGGACACGAAGAAUGGGCCCAUGUCUUAAUUUGGAAAACAAAGAAUUAGGCUACUGAAGAGGGUAAGCUGGUUAAGCUUGUUUUAGCGUUUUUAGGUGAGCUAGCAAGCUGGUUCACGGAUUAGACGCACAGUCUGGACAGUUCUGCUCCCUGCGCCUCCUCUUCCCCUCAAUUGGAGUAAUUUUUUCCACAUUUUUGUUCUCUCUGCGCCGCUCCACAAUGAGCAGUCAUAGCGGGGAAGCCGGGCCGGUGGAAGUGGAGCCCAUGCCGGGAUACUUGGACCUCAUCACCAGAGCCUCCACUGUAAUGCUGGGUGCAUGGAGAGACUGUAGCUCCUGCGGUCUAGAGCUCUCCAAACGGACUCUCCUGGAUAACGCGUACAUUACCCUUACCGAAAUCGCCCUGUUCUUCUUUUGCGCCUUUUUGUGGACGCAGGUCAGGCGGGGACUGACAGAAAGUCUGUUUCAGCCCCUAGCACAGUGGUGGAGGCUGCUGCCCAAAGAUGCUGCCAAGAUGCCGGAGAGCGCGUGGAAGCUGGUCUUCUACACCAUGUCGUGGUCAUACAGCACCUACCUGCUCUUCUUCACCUCCUACUCCUUUUUCCAUGACCCCCCCUCUGUCUUCUACAACUGGAAGAGCGGUAUGUCAGUGCCUGCAGACAUCGCCAUAGCCUACCUGAUCCAGGGCAGUUUCUACGGCCACUCCAUCUAUGCUACAGUCUAUAUGGACGCGUGGAGGAAAGACUCAGCUGUCAUGGUGGUGCACCACAUCAUCACACUGGCACUCAUUAGCUUCUCCUACGCCUUCAGAUACCACAACGUGGGGAUUCUUGUGUUGUUCCUCCACGACAUCAACGACAUCCAGCUGGAGUUCACCAAGCUCAACGUCUACCUGAAGUCCAGAGGAGGAGGCUACCACCUGAUCAACGACGUGCUGUCCAACAUGGGCUCCGUCAGCUUCAGCAUCACCUGGUUCUGGUUCCGUCUCUACUGGUUCCCUCUCAAAGUGCUGUACGCCACAUGUGUGUCCAGCCUCCAGUCCGUCCCCAACAUCCCCUUCUACUUCUUCUUCAACGCACUUCUUCUUGCUCUGCUGCUCAUGAACAUCUACUGGUUCUUGUUCAUUGUGGUUUUCGUAGUGAAGGUGCUAAAGGUGAAGGAGGUGAACGACGUCAGGGAGUACGAGGACGAGGACGGCAGUAGGGCAGCAGCCGGCCUGCUCAAAGAACGUCAGGCAGAAAACAACGAUGAUGAUGCUGGACAUCACAACUCUGCCCAGGGGAAGCACGUGCAGAACGGGGUCACCAAAGAGAAGCAUCUAUAACAGGCUCUCUGUCGCCACCACCUGGCACCAGGCCACAACUACAAGCAAGACAAGACGCCCUCCUUGGAUGGCUCACGCUCAACAAACGUGGCUGAAGGGAAGAGUGUCACAAAAAGAAAAAAAAAGGAAGGAUAAUAGCGAGUUAGGCUGCAAUGAGUUUUUACUCUUUUUAUUUGUUUUAGAACAUUUCAUUUCAUCGCUGUCGUUUUGUUUUGUUUUUAUUAGAGCACUGUGAAUGUUAUUUCAGGUGACUUUUUGUCUUAUUGUUGCUAACUUUACAUUUGAUAGAUUCAGUAGAAACAAAAACCAGUUGGAGUGAGAGUUGGACUGUGAUCGUCACGUACAGUCGUAGAACAGGGUGUCAAUCAUCACCGUCACCUUGAACAGCAUCGCAGCACCCUGACAAGAAGCAGGUUUAUAGCCCUGUUAGUGGUUCUGUAGACCGACAGUAACCUUUAGCAAGCUUGUAAACAAGCAAUAUGCUAAUUCUAUAGGGAUGAGCUGUGUUUGCCGUCAGUGAAAUAAUAAAUACUUUUCCUCCUUUAACCUCCGUCCAUCUUCUAGAGAAAAAAAUCAUGAUUUAAAUGGGAAACGUAUCGUUUUUCAUGGCUGCAGUGAUGCAGGAGAGUCUGCCUGGCAUCGUCCACAGCCGUUUCACCACAUGUAUUGAUUUUCAUAUCAUUGCACAAGCCAGUGGUGGCGACCACACAGCGCUGGCGUCCAUUAGUUUGAAUUGAAAAGCCACAUUGGUGUGUGUAGGUAUGUGCGUGUGUGUUAGGUGUUUCAGGAUGGAUGUAGCUUUUAAACUCCUUCACAACAUUUCACCUCUCGGUUUGAUUACAUUACAUUUUAUCUCUUGUACUGAUGAUCAACAGGCAUUGGAAAUAUUUAAUUGUAUAGAAGCUUUUUUUGUUUGUCUUUGUGUGUUGCAAAGCAUCUGUUGCUGCACUGACAUGAAGGCAUACAAGCUGGUUGCUGGUUUAAUGACAGCAAAUAGCUCGAAUUGAUUGACUGGGUUUCAGUAUCAUCCUCAUCAUUUAAUUUGUUUAAACAAUAUGGAUUUAAUUAACAUUUAUAACCAGUUCGUGGGUGGUGGCGGCUAUCACGUUCACAGAAAAUUGGAACAAUAGCCCAGAACUUGUGUAAAGAUAAAGAUCAGUAUGAUGAAAAAAAAACAAUUAUGUAUGCACACAUUAUGGUAUUCAGGAAUGCAUGACCGAAUGAUUUUGGAAAUAUGCUAUGAAAUUGUCUUACAAACAAUGAAGAAAAAAUCCUCUAGCUAUGUAAUUAUAAUGUCUUUAUUAAUGUCUAAGAAUCAUCCUAAAAGAGAUUUUUCUUUGAAGCAGCAGUGACCACUGAACACACGCAUACAACCGAUGUGAUAAAAUUUCAUGUGGCAUUUAAAUGUGAAUAUUUUAACAUAUUUUUCAGACACAUAGAGAAUUUAAAAUCUAUUUUGUCGCAGAAAUCCCACAAAUUAAAGAGGACCUAUUGUGCUUUUUCAGAUUCAUACUAGCAUUCUGGGUUUAUUGUGCUUUAAUGUUCUUCUUAUUUUCCCUCAUACUGCCCAUGGCAUGGUUUGAGCUGCUCCGUUUGAGUGCCUGUCUCUUUAAGACCCCGCUCUACUGUGCUGUGAUUGGCUGGUACUCAACUGUGAAAUCUGCUUGCUAGUUAGCUAAAAAGCCAGCUGCCAAAUGAUUAAGUGAAACAAAUCAGUGUUACACAUACACACUUGUCACAGAGUAGAGAAACACAUUGCUAUAAUCAGAUGCGUGACAAAUUUGUUUGGCUCAGUUUCCUGUAACCAUUGUAGCAUGAAAGCAUGGUUGAAUCAUCUAACUAGCUAACUAGUUGACAGUUGGCUAGUCUGCUAAUUCCACCAUGCUUUCAUGCUACACUGGUUACAGGAAAUGAGCCCAACAUCAGCAGUGUUGUUGUGUAUCAGUGUAUCACAGUGACUAGAUGGGUAAAUAAAACCUCUUUACCACUGUUAUUGCAGUCAGAGGAGGUACUUUAACGGAGAAGAGCAGCACUUUCUACCUUGGUAAAUCACUAAAAAGGCUUCAAAACUAAAAACUAAACAAUCAGCCAUUGUCCAGCAAGAAUGUGACUUGUAAUUGAGGUGAAAUUAACAACAUUACCAACAUUACAGCGUUGCUGUUGGCAUGUAGCUGCAUGUAGCAGUGUAUGUAAUGUAACCACUGCAUAAGAUGCCUUUUUUUAAAACUUUUAUUACGUUUAUCAUAAACAUCCGACACUAUAAUAUAUAGAUAUGACAAUUAUGAAAAUAAGGAAAAGCAUAAUAGGUCCCCUUUAACUUAAAAUACAGUGAAGAGGUUUCCUUUCAUUCGACUGGUUUCCCGCUGGUUAACUGUAUGUGUCAGUGGAAACAGCUGCUGCACCUGUUUAAAAAAAAAAGGGAUAUUUCUACUCUUCCUACCUUCUCGAUCAAAUUCAAGCUCUUGUUUGGAUGAACAGCGUGCUUGUGCUGCUGGAGCAGGCCGCAGAUGUUGUGCUGUUUUAGUUUAUCUGUUUGUCUUCCACAAUCCCCACAUGUUGGGGAGUUCAAACUAACUUUUAAUUUUAUAUUAAACUAUCACUAUUGUAGUUCAGGUUAUCAUUGUUAAUUUGUUUUUGUUUUUUUGAAUUGCUGCUGUUUUUUUUCUUCUCUGAGAGCACUGUUGGUAUUCCAGUUUUGUUGUUUUUUUUCUCUGCUGUGUACGAGUCAGUGAUAGUCUGCUCAGAUCAGAUAUUUACAGGGAGUUGUUUUGUUCAUCCACAUUACAAACAUCUGGAUUUAGUAUCUUCCUUUUAAUCUGAAUGCUGGCUCAGACUCAUUUUACUGUAGUCAUUAAACAUCUGUACUGUAAAGUAACAUGUUUUAUCACACAUGUUGCUGUGUGUAAUAUAUCAGACGUUCCGUGGCUGACUGGUUUUACUAGCAUGGUGUUCUGGCAGGAAGUGACCUCAGAGGUCUUUAUUGCUUAACUGUGAGACUAAGAUGACAUGGGUGAAGUUCCCAGUAUACCCACAAAGACCUGUGAUCUGGAUUAGGUGUGACUCAUCCCUUAAAUCCGGUACGGUACUGUGUGCAAAAGGCACAUCUUCAAUCUCUCCCCAGCUGUUUCAUACUACAAACAGUCCUGUGAUGUGAUGUGUGAACGAGUAACUACUACUAGGGGUGGGCGAUAGGAUAAAAUGCACCGAGACGAUAUUAUAUGAUGUCUGUGUAAAUCGGUGAGUUGUUUUAUGGAAAUAUUAUGGAUUUUCUAUUUCCCUUUCUGAGGUAUUUACUCUGAUGGAUUACCCCGAAACAGCUGCAGCAGCCACCAGGCGUACAUUAGAUAAGAGUCAAUUGGUUUUUCUGAAAGUUUAUUAUGUAUGUCAAUAUGAUAUGAAAUAAUCCAUGUCGCCCACCCUAAUUGCAACCCAGAUGUGAUAAAACUAUCAAAAAAAUUAAGAAAAAAAUAUUUUUAAUCGUUAAUUUAUUUUUCUUUCUUCAUAAAUUGGCUAAUUCUUAUUUAAAUGUCAAAUGAUGGAAACGUGAAGCUCAGUUCAGUUAGGACAACUCAGUUGUUAAUGCACACACUUGAUAGAAACGGACCUCGUCACUCCCCAUUUGCACACACUAAGAUCGACUCAAUGGUGAUCAGGGAACGACGAUAAAAUGAUGAAGCUGUUGGCAGUUAUGGAGAUACACUAGAUCCAUUGACAGAUACCCAUCCGAUUUCUAUUGAAAGCAGGAGAUCCAUCCGCAAUUUGCAUGAUGGAUGAUGAUGAUGAUGACAACGGGCCAUUCCCCAUAUCUAAACUUGCAGUUACGACUCCACCUCAGCUUUAUGCAAAUGAGCACCGUCCAUUGCAACGAACUUGGCUCAGCAAACUCAGAUCAAACUGUUAAACUAAGCAGUGCUGAAAAAAUAUGAAUAUUUCUGUAACUGCAUUGCCUAUUUCUCGCCUUGAAUGUUUUCAGAAACAUAUUUUUUGUACUAAUCAGCACUUUGACCUGGCUGCCAUGUUGAAAACUGCCAAUCCGAGAAAAUUGGACUGUCGUGGGUUCUGGCAUAUCUUUCAGUCUGUUAACUAGAUUUGGUUUAACUCCACUGUAAGGGAAAGCUGUCUGCUGCUGCUGCUUUACUGAUCAGUUUGAAAAGGCUCAGUAACAGAGACUUGAUAUAUUUGGUGUCCCUGUAUUAACACUUCGUCACUCCUUUUUUCCAAACAUUAGGAUGAACAAAGACAAAUUGAGGGAGUGAUGAUAAAAGAAGCAGUGUUUAUAGAAUGAGCAAAAAAGUUGCAAAGGCUGCAGUGUUGAAAUGAGCAGAGUAUGGUGUAAUAUUAGGUGGCUCGUCUGACUUUGUCCCUCCCUGUUUCCAAUCAUUAAAGCAACUGAAAGAAGCUUCAACUGUGUUCAUUUUGGCGCCUUCAGUGUUUCCAUGACGCCACUGCUUCGUGUCGUUAAGAUCUUGAUCUGGCUUGCGCAUUACUUUUAGAUGUGAGUGAAAGCCUUUUUCUUAUAAAAGAAUAACUUUAUAGAAAAUAUUCUUGCUAAUGGCCUCAGUAUUAAUUAUUAUACAUCAGUAUUAAACUGUGACUGUUUCACAACCAGUUGAAAGUUCCUUGUAGUUGCUUUAAGAUCAGGGAGUGACGAUAAAAUGAGCAAUGUUAAAGGCUGUGUCGGAUGUUUUGCACUGAAUAUGACGUGAGUUGUCGGCCUGAACUGACUCUCAGGCUUUGCCUCCAUUAUGACACAAAGUAUCUUCGCGAGUGCUUUGAUUGUGCCAAAUCGUCCACCCAAAUUAUGAGGCAAGUGUUUGUGGGAACUGGUGAUGAGCAAAUAGGAGCGCUAGUAGAGAACGGCGGGCAGAAAAAGCCCUGCAGGUAUUUCUUAUAAAUUGCACUGUAAUUUAUUAGUAUUAUUUUUAUUGUUCAUUGUUAGAUCAAAAUUAGAAAAGGGAAGGGAGAAUUUGGGAAUUUUUAUGACUUUCUUGGAAAGAUUAGCAACUAAAACUCUUAAUUUAAAGUGGAUUUUAAUGAUUGUUUUCUGGACCAUUAAUACACCAAUUACUACAAAUUGACCCUUUUUGUUUUGUUUUUUGGAACUCAAUUUGACCACUUUCUGAAUCUGACCACUUAUAAUAAAGACACUUGCUCUUUUGUAAUGCAACUUUAAUACCAUACAGCCAAUGUUAUUGUUUCAUUUUUUUCCCAUAAAAUAAAACGUCAGUAAACAAG